AUGGGCACGGAUGCGGCUCCCAAACCUAAGCCUGACGAAACAGACAAGAAAAAGGGAGAUUUGAACAAGGAUGAUGAACUAUCCGAGGAAGAUAAACAGUUGCAGGAGGAAUUAAAUAUGUUGGUCGAGCGAUUGGAGGAAUCAGACGUCAGCUUGCACAAACCUGCAUUGGAAAGCAUGUGCAACCUGAUCAAAUCCUCGACAACCUCAAUGACCUCUGUGCCAAAACCAUUGAAAUUCAUGAUGCCUCACUAUUCAAAGCUUAAAGAAAUAUACGAGAAGAUGUGUGACUCACCCACAAAGCGUCUUUGUGCGGAUGUUGUUUCUGUCGUGGCAAUGACUGUAUCAGAUAAGCCGGAAUCACGCUUUGAUACCUUAAAUUAUCGCUUGUUGGGCACCAGCAGUGAAAUCGGUGCUUGGGGGCACGAAUACGUUCGGCACUUAACGAGUCAGAUUGUUUCCAGCUGGCAAGAGACAGAUUUGGAUGCAUCUGGAGAACGUACAGAGGACAAUUUCACAGAACAGCGUGAACAGCACUUAAGUCUCGUCCAUCUUAUCUUACCCUAUCUCAUGGAGCACAAUGCGGAAUCAGAAGCGAUCGACUUAUGCAUCGAGUUGGAAAAACUAGCUUUUUUGGAGACGUAUACUUCCGCACUAAACUACCAACGGGUUUGUUUGUACCUCACAAGUUGCGUUGCGUACCUGCCGACACCAGACAACACUGAGGUUCUCAAAUGUGCCGCUACUCUGUACAGAAAGUUCAAUGACCUUGGGAACGCAAUACGAUGCGCUGUGCGUUUAAAUGACAUGGAACUUAUCCGCGCCAUUUUUGAAGAGUCAGCCAAAGACGCCGGUUCAUCGUCCGGUUCCGGAACAAGCGUUCAACGGCAGCUUGCUUAUCUACUUGGAAAACAAGGCGUAGUUCUUCCGGAUGAUGAGAAUUCCGUGGAUGAGGAGCUGACGGAAAUGCUGUGGAACACGCGUCUUUCCGAACACUUCCUGGCACUCGGGCGGGAAUUGGACAUAAUGGAGCCAAAGCUUCCCGAGGAUAUUUACAAGUCACACCUGGAGACUGUACGAUCCACGCUCAAUCCAACCCUUGACUCAGCAAGAGCUAACCUCGCCGCAUCCUACGUUAACGGUCUGGUCAACUGUGGCUUUGGCAAGGAAAAGUUGCUCCAGGAAAACCCCAAAGAAGUUCCGUGGCUUGUAAAACAGAAAGAUCUUGCAAAGAUGAGUACUGUGGCCACUCUUGGUUGGGUGCUCCUCUGGGACGUGGACACUGGUUUGUCCCAAAUCGACAAAUACCUGUAUUCAGCGGAGGAUCACACUCGUGCUGGAGGUCUGCUCGGAUGUGGUGUAGUCAACUGUGGUGUGAAGAAUGAAUGUGAUCCGGCUUUGGCACUGCUAGGCUCCUAUGUUGAGUCUGACAAGGAUGUCCUUUCACGGGCUGCCAUCAUCGGUUUGGGUGUCGCCUACGCCGGAUCAAUGAAAGCUGAAGCCAUAAAUAGUUUGCUUCCUGUGAUCCUCGAUAUCAACACAGCUCGGUUGCAACACGCCUGCUUGGCUGCACUGUCGGCUGGUAUGAUCGCCGUGGGCUCUCUUAAUGCUGAGGUUACGUCAACCAUUAUUCAGUCGAUGCUUGAACGUCCCACAAGUCAUUGGAGCAAUCCAUUCAUCAAGUUUAUGGCUCUUGGUUUGGGUUUGACAUGCAUGGGACGGCAAGAAGAGGUAGAGGUCAUACUGGUUUCCUUGGAAGCAGUAUCUGAACCACUGAAAUCAAUGGCUCACAUGAUGUGUGACUUUUGUGCUUACGCUGGAAGCGGAAAUGUGUUGAAGGUUCAAAAUCUACUCCAUAUACUUUCUGAAAAGUACGAAGAGAAGGAUAAAGAAAAGGAUGACAAAGCAGCCGCUGCAGCCAAAUCUAAGGAUAAAGAUAAGAAGGAUUCUCGCCGCACCGGUGCUCGAGGACGACAGCGACGUACUGGCGCUGGUCGUAACACGAACAAUGAGGCUGCUGCCGAAGAUGAUGGGAACACAGCUGAGGCGGAUGAGGUCGAAGAUAAAGGUGCCACUCAACUAACUCCCAUGGAUACAUCGAAUGUUGAGGACACCGAACAGGAAGAAAAUCAAUUUGAUUUCCACGCGCAUCAGGGGCUCGCCGUACUAGGUGUCGCCCUGAUUGCCAUGGGAGAAGAAGUGGGCCUUGACAUGGCGUUUAGAAUGUUUGGUCAUCUGCUUCGUUUCGGUGAGCUGCCUAUCAAACGAGCUGUUCCUCUGGCACUCGCCAUGUGUUACGUCUCGAAUCCGCAGUUGAAGGUACUGGAUACUCUCAGCAAGUUCAGUCACGAUGCAGAUUCCGAACUUUCUUACAACUCCGUUCUGGCGAUGGGAAUCGUCGGUGCUGGCACAAACAACGCUCGAUUGGCAGCCAUGCUCCGACAACUGGCCGUAUACCACAGCCGUGAUCCCUACAACCUGUUUCUCGUCCGCUUGGCUCAAGGUUUGACUCACCUAGGCAAAGGCACAAUGACACUGAGCCCAUGGCAUUCAGAGCGUUUUUUGUCACGCGCAGUUGGCAUAUCCGGUUUGCUCACCUUGCUGGUCUCCUGUCUGGACAUGCGCACAACAUUCAUGGGUCGGCACGAUUAUUUGAUAUUCUAUCUGACACCAGCAAUCCAGCCACGGUUGCUCAUGACAUUUGACGAGGACUUAAAACCGUUGCCUGUCACAGUUCGUGUCGGGCAAGCUGUGGAUGUCGUUGGGCAGGCUGGUAGACCGAAAACUAUUACUGGUUUCCAAACUUAUACAACCCCGGUGUUAUUGUCCUAUGGCGAACGAGCCGAACUUGCAACAGACGAAUACCUGUCAGUUACACAGUUGCCAUUGGAAGGCUUCGUGCUGUUGAAAAAGAAUCCAGAGUACGAAGAAGCGACCGCAUGAGACCCAUUGUUCUGCGUCACGUUUCUCUGCGUGGCCUAAUCUUUCACUCACUGUCUUAUUGAAGCUUAUCACUGUUACAUUUUCAAAGCGAGCAGUAUUUCCCGUUGUAUCUGCGUUUUCCCUACGACGAUUCUGCUCGGUUGCG